CGUAGGGCCUGAACACAGGAUUUCCGAAGAAGCUGCAGUCGGAAUUGUUGACGAGCACGGCGAGCGCAGCACUUCUGAAGGCGCACUUUUAGGGCUUCCUCCGUUUGAUGCGCGGACGACUCACCGGGGAGGUAAUAUUAUUGCUGCUUCUGGUUUUGAACAAGGUGAAGAAGCUUUGAUGGACGUAGACGGUCGCGCCUCUACUGUCGAGGAUCACCAAUGGCAGCUAACAUUUAGCGACACAACAUCUGUAGAUGGCGCCGCCGCGACAACAGAGCUGCAAUCGGAACAGCAGCUGCCCGGAGCACUGCCCACCGGUGCUGCAGCAGUUGAGCAGCACGAGCUUUAUGAUCAGCAUUUUCCAUUAGGCGUUGGAGGACAUCAAGGAGAGAGUAGUGAACGAGAUGAGCUACGACGUCAUCAACCACAUUCCGCACAUAAACACCGAGAGGAUGUUGAUGUCGAUUACCUCCGCUCAUUAAAUCAACGCUUCCUCGAGGUCUGCUCAGACGAAUUGCAUGACGUUCGAAUGACUAUGCGUUUUCUCAUCGGGGCAGUGACUUCCAAGCCUCACAAUCUGAAGUCGCAGCUUGCCAAGCUAACGCAGGAAUUCGAAUCUGCCGUUACGACAGUCGUUAAGUGCAGAACGCCUCAUCAGGCUGAGGCUGAUUCUCAAUCUGCAGAUCCAGGUGCACAGGAUAGCAGAGGCCCUGCGACAUUGCACUACUCGCAUUGCGAGGAGUUUCUAUUCGUUUCCGACCUAGCGAUGGAACAUGGGUUGCAUGACGGUUCUUUACUCUUCGGAGGCGGUGGAACUGACGAGAACAGCGAGAAGGAGAUAAACAACCGGCUCCGACAUAAUCAUAAUGUUAAGAGAGGUAAUUUUUAGUCGUUCCUGUUCCCGCUUGUUUUGCCCCUCCUUCCUAAGGGAAGAGGCAUAACAAACGGGAAACAGGAACAGCAAGACCCUUCUACCUCCUCGAAUAAGAGCCUUCGCGAGGAAUUGAAAAUGACUGGCGCAAGGACAAGGGGGGUGCUACGACGCAAAAAACCGGCGAGAUUCGGAAAGUACUUCGAGAUCUCUGCGCAACCUCCUACGCAAGAAUCGCAAGUGCCGAGUACAGGCACUAAUACAGCAGCAGCGCCCGUCCUAGAUGAGGAUCCACUGCUUACGUGGACGUCGCUGUCAGCGCCGCAGGUGGCUAUGAGGUUAUGUUGACCUGCUUGCUGCUAUUUGAAGAUCGAGUGCUUCUUGAUGUUAUUUGUUUUUGUUACAGUUACUCCUUCUGUUUGUAAAUCUUUUGUCUCCGUCGUGGCAAGCUUUCGUCUCUAUUAUUGUUAUUGUGUUUGUGCCUACGACGACGACCAAUAAUAUUUAGUUUUUGUUUUUGAUGUCUGCGUGCUACUUGUUCUUGUCGUGUUGUUCCGCCUGUCCAAUUCUAACCAGCAUAGGAGACAACAUACCUGGCUCGCUGGUGAGCCAGCUAGUGCCUUCACAUUCCAUGUUUGGCAGGGCAGAAGGGCUUUUGAAGGACGUGAGGGAUCGCAUGUUGUUCGCGACUUCGCCGUCUAGGAACGCGCAGCAACGAACAGGACAUGUCCACUCUGAACAACAGCAAGGACAACAGCCGAGGAUUGGCAUUAGUACCAUAUCUCCGGGAAAUAUAUUCCAUGAACUCGUUUCUGGCACUCAUCUCGCACCCUACUCGCACUUCUUCUGCAAUAGCAACAUGCUUGGGCACCAUUUUGUGUCCAUAUUUUCCGCUCUACGAGGCCAACAAGUAGUACAAGUUGGCGGGGUCUCCUCAUUGUUAACCAGCGCUUUUGCGGCAUACGAC